AAAACCAAUCGCAAUGUCACCUUUGAUAACUGGUUUACCAGUUAUCCGUUGAUGUUACACUUAUUGAAAGAACAUCGUUUGACAAGCACAGGCACUGUUCGAAAAAAUAAGCCCGAGAUUCCAAGUCAGAUGCUCCAAACGCGUAACCGAGAGAUCCCCAGCACAGUGUUUGGAUUUCAAAAGGAUAUAUCUUUAUUGUCCCAUGUGCCAAAAAAAAACAAGGUUGUUUUGUUGAUGUCAACAUUACAUCACGAUGAUAGCGUUGUUGCUGAUACUAAUGGCACACAAAAACCAGAAAUGAUUAUUUUUUAUAAUCAGACCAAGGGAGGCGUUGAUGUUGUAGAUGAGCUGUGCACCAACUACGAUGUUUCGCGAAACACAAAGCGCUGGCCAAUGGUGAUUUUCUAUGCAGUUUUGAACAUGGCUGGUAUAAAUAGCAUAAUAGUUUACAAGUCCAAUAAUAGUAGCAAUUUGUCACGCCGAAAUUUUCUCAGAGACCUGGGUAUUGGAUUGGUUUCAGAACAUUUACAAAACAGAAAGGAAAAUCAGCAUUUACCCCGAGAGCUUCGCAAACGAAUUCUGGACCAAGUGGAUGAACCCUCACACUCACAACGACCUCCAAAUAAAGUUCCUAAGCCUAUCAGGAGAUGUCAAAUAUGCCCUACUAAAAAAGAUCGCAAGACUAAACACACUUGUUAUAAAUGCAAUCGCUAUUUAUGUAUGGAACAUGCUGUUUUCACGUGUCAAGAUUGCGCUCAAACUGAAGAUGAUUACGAGAACUCUGAAUAACUAUAUAGUAAAAGUUUUGAUCUCAUAUGUUUCCUAAUUUUAUAAGCUAGAAGUAAAAGCUAUUCGUUUUGUUUUUUUUUAGUUUCU